CUUCCAUCGCUUCUUCGCUUCGGGUGCUCAGUUCCCUCUGCAGCUCCCGGGCAGCGCCUUGCGCCGUUUCCGUCUACUUGAGAUCCUUCCGCACCUCUAUGGGAGCAAUGGGCUCAGGAAGAGACUGGGGCUGUGUGGUCCUGCUGCUCCUUACUCAAGGCAUUCUUCAAAACUUCUGCAGAGCAUACAAUAUUGGACUCCAAGGAGCAAAAGUAUUCUCUGGACCCUCAAGUGAGCAGUUUGGAUAUAUAGUUCAGCAGCUUUUAAACCAAGAAGGCAAAUGGUUACUUGUUGGCUCACCCUGGAGUGGAUAUCCAAAAAAUAGAAUGGGAGACAUCUAUAAGUGUGCUGUUAAUCAGCAAAACAAUGAAUGUUUAAAGAUGAAUUUACAGAAUUUUGCAAGCAUCCCAAAUGUUACUGAGAUAAAGGAGAAUAUGAAUCUGGGACUAACCUUGAUAAGAAACUCAAGAACAGGGGGAUUUUUGACUUGUGGUCCUUUGUGGGCACAGCAGUGUGGAAGUCAGUACUACGCAACAGGAAUCUGUUCUGAGUUCAGUCCAAGUUUCCAGAUCAUGAGAAGUUUUUCACCUGCUCUGCAAAAGUGUUCCUCGGUCAUAGACCUUGUGGUGGUAUGCGAUGAGUCAAACAGUAUUUAUCCAUGGAAUGCUGUGAGUGCUUUUUUGACAAAAUUUGUCCAAGGCUUGGAUAUAGGCCCUACAAACACUCAGGUAGGCUUAAUUCAGUAUGGCAAUGACCCACGAGUAGUGUUCCAGCUGAAUACUUUUAAAAAUAAAGAAGAUGUUGUACGAGCAAUGUCACAAACCUUUCAGAGAGGAGGAGAAUAUACUAAUACAUUCAAAGCAAUUGAUUUUGCCAGACGUGAAGCUUUCUCCAAAGAAGCCGGUGGGCGGCCAACAGCCUCUAAAGUAAUGGUGGUUGUGACCGAUGGUGAAUCUCAUGAUGGCUCAAGACUUCAAGAUGUGAUAGCUAAAUGCAAUGAGGACAACAUCACUCGAUUUGGUAUAGCAGUAUUAGGAUACUUAACUAGAAAUGACUUAGAUACUAAAAAAUUAAUUCAAGAAAUCAAAGGAAUUGCAAGUCUUCCAACAUCAAAAUAUUUCUUUAAUGUCUCCUCUGAAGAUGCACUUUUAGGAGAAGCAGGAACACUGGGGGAGCGAAUUUUCAGCAUAGAAGGUACUCAUCAAGGUGAUUCAUUCCAGAUGGAAAUGUCACAAGUUGGUUUCAGUGCUUCUUACUCACCACAGAAGGAAGCUCUGAUAUUAGGUGCUGUUGGGGCUUAUGAAUGGAAUGGAACAGUGAUCCAGGAGAUAUCCAAACAAACAAUUACAUUUCCCAGUCAAGCAUUUGGAAAAAUUUUGCAAGACAGAGAUCAGAGCUCCUAUUUAGGUUAUUCUGUUACUGUUGCCUCAUCGGAAAAUUCACUUUAUUUUGUUGCUGGAGCUCCGCGAUCAAACUACACUGGUCAAGUUGUGGUCUAUGAGGUGGAUGUCAAUGGCAAAAUAACUAUUGUUCACUCUCAGAGAGGAGAACAGAUUGGCUCCUAUUUUGGCAGUGUCGUGUGUUCGGUGGACGUUAAUGGAGAUUCAGUUACAGAUGUGCUGCUGAUCGGUGCUCCCAUGUUUAUGAAUGACUUUAAAAAAGAAGAAGGAAGAGUCUACUUGUUUUCUAUCAGAAAGGGCAUUUUGGGUAAGCGAGAACUUCUGGAAGGUCCUCAAGGAUUAGAAAAUGCUCGCUAUGGAUCUGCCAUCACUGCUGUCUCAGAUAUUGAUUUGGAUGGCUUUAGUGAUGUGAUAGUUGGGGCGCCAUUAGAAAACAAAAAUUCUGGUGCAAUUUAUAUUUACAAUGGCAAACAGAGGACAAUACAUACUAAGUAUUCUCAGAAAAUUCUAGGAUCUGAUCCUGCAUUUGGCCAGCAGCUACAGUAUUUUGGAAGAGCAGUAGAUGGCCGUAAUGAUUUAAAUGGUGAUGGAAUUACUGAUGUAUCUAUUGGCAGUGACGGAAAUGUCAUUCAGCUUUGGUCUCAGAGUAUAGCUGAUGUGUCUAUACAUGCCUCUUCUACACCGAAGAAGAUCAGCCUACUAAACAAGAAUACUGAAAUAGUUCUGAAUAUAUGCUUCAGUGCAACGUUUAGACCUGCCAGUACAAGUAAUCAAGUGGGUAUCAGAUACAACCUGACAUUGGAUGCUGACCUCCUAUCUUCUCGAGUGACCUCAAGAGCAUUAUUUAAAGAAACCAGUGAGAGGUAUCUGCAGAAUAGCAUCACAGUUCAACUCAGGGAGAACUGCAUAGAACAUGUUUUCAAUAUCCAGGAGCUCUCUGAUGUUGUCAACUCCCUUGGUGUGCGCAUUGAUAUAAGCCUCAAGAAUCCUGGCUCAGGUCCAGUUCUUGAUAAAGCGUCCCCUGCAUCUGUUACUUACAGUAUCCCAUUUGUUAAAGAUUGUGGUGAAGACGACAUCUGCAGUGCUGACCUUGUUCUUGAGGUUCAACAGAAAACAAAUAAUGACAAAGAACAUUUUAUUGUCAGCAGUAAGAACAAAAGAUUAACAUUCACUGUGAAACUGAGAAACAAGAAAGAAAAUGCGUACAACACCAGAAUUCAAAUUGCUUUUUCAGAAAACUUGUUUUUUGCUUCGUCUUCUGCGCCUGUUAAUGGUACUGAAGUUUCAUGUCGGGUGAGCACUAUCUGCCAGAUCAGCUAUCCUGUUUUUAAAGAAGGGCAACAGGUAUCAUUUGAUAUUAAUUUUGACUUCAAUUUGAAAAGUCUUCAGAAUCUGGCAGUUCUACAUUUUCAAGCAUUGAGUGCCAGCGUUGAAGAGGAUGAUACAGACAAUCAGAUUAACGUCACGGUUCCACUGCGUUAUGAUGCAGAACUUCGCCUAUCAAGGGUUACCAGCAUGAAUUUUUACGAGGUAUAUUCCAAUCAUAGUGUUCCUUCCACUGUGAACAAUUAUGAUGAAAUUGGACCAGCAUUUAAUUUUUCCGUCAAGGUCACGAGAGGAAGUAUUCCAGUAAAUACGGCGUCUUUGAAAAUCCAUAUUCCAAAACAAACUGAAGGGAACAAUCCAUUGAUGUAUGUGACGGCAGUGCAUUCCAGUCAGGGCAGCGGCAUCACCUGUGAUGCACAGAUAAAUCCAUUUAGAAUAGGCGAGCGACCCUAUGAUGUGUCAUUCCAGAAAGAAAACUUCAAAGCCAUGAAAGAGCUGAACUGCAAGAAUAUCAUGUGCGAAACAAUUUCAUGCAAGUUAAAGGACCUUGCACUGAAAGCUGAGUAUUAUGUUAAUAUUUCUACCAGAAUCUGGAAUGGGACGUUUGCAGCUUCAAAUUUCCAGAUGUUACAAUUAUCUCCAAGUGCACAGAUUGAUACAUAUGACUCAGAUAUAUUUGUGGAUGAAGAGAAUAAUUUAUCUAUUCCAGUGACAAUAAUAAAGCCUGAUGCAAAAGCAGAAGUCCCAAUUGGUGUUGUGAUAGGAAGCAUCUUGGCAGGUCUCCUUUUGUUGAUAGCACUGGUUGCUGCUUUAUGGAAACUUGGCUUUUUCAAAAGAAAAUACGAAAAAAUGGCAAAGGAUGCGGAAGAUGUGGAUGAAGCUACUGAACUCACUAAGGAGACGGAAUGAACUUAACAGUACCAAGGCUAUGCACACCAACCUACUGAGCCAUGAACAAUGCUUCUGGUGACACGAGUUCAGCCUUUGCAUUACUGUAAAGGAUUACUCCUCUCUUGUUUUUUCUAAUAAUGAAAAUGUCUUAUGCUUUUUUAUAGAUGAAAAUAUUUUACACAGGACUGUUUCCUUUUUAUAAAUAGCUGCUGGUCAGUUUGGGGUUUUGUUUACAGGGGUUUAAAAAAAAAUUCUUAGCCCGUUUGAAUUUUAUUAUAAGCCUUUCCAAAUUGGCAGGACCAGAGGCACAAAUCCUGAACUGUGUCACAAAAGCUGUGGUGAUUUGUAUCAUUCGUGGUCUAAUUGCUUGUGCUGUGUGGAAAGAUGCACUGUGUAUUUCAAACAGAUAAUUUGGGUACGCAACAAGGUUUACAUGUGCCCAUCUAGGAAGACUGCAGCACCUUCAUCUCCUUUACCUUCCUGUACUGUAUUCUGUUAUUGAAAAUCUUUCUAUCUUAAAAGACAGUUUGAGAUGUUGAGCAGUACAGAUAUUUGGAGUGGGGGUGAUAAAAUGUCACUGUUGGCUUGACCAAACAAUAGGUCGCAUUGUGGCUGUAAUGUCCUAUAAGCCAACAUAUUUUAUGUAAAAACCUAAUGCGAUCUUUUCAUAAUAUGUCCUAGAGAUUGUCACAACUUGGCAUUUUGUAUGCCAAACAGCAUGCAGGUUACGCUCAGCAGAGAGCCCACCUCACCUCACAGGAUAUGGGCAGGGAGAAGAAAGGGCCAGACUCCAUUAUGAAAGCCAAUACAGGCUGUUGUGCAGCUGACUGAGGGUGUCCAGUAAAGGUCCUGGGGGUAAAUUAAUCAAACCUCUGCUUUCACCCAUUGAAGUCAUUAUUUGAGAGCCAGCAUGGCGUAGUAGUGGUUAAUAGCCGUGGACUGUAAUCUGGAGAACCGGGUUUAAUUCUUCACACCUUCGCAUGAGCA